AGGUUCUGGUUCUGUUCAGCAACAAUGUGUUCCGUUGAGCCUCUGAGAGAGUUUAUCAGAGAGAGACUAACUGCUGCUGCUGAAGAAAUCUUCACCCAGCUGGAAAAAACCAUCGUCCAGUACGAGGAGGAGAUCGACCGGCAGCGGAGACUGCUGGACCUCAGCUGGAGACCCCGAACCGAGCCGAACCCCGCAGACGUCCAGCAGCAUCUUCUCAGCAGGAAGCAGCAGGUUCUGAUGGCACCGCUGCUCUCCAACCAGGAAAUGCUUUCUGGACCGCCGGAACCAGAACCAGAAACUGUGGACCGGGACCCAGAGGCUGUGCAGGUCAAAGAAGAGCCGGAUGAUGAGCUUGCGGGUCGGGAUGAAGAGCAGCUCCAUCUCAAGCAGGAGGCCCAUUCCUUCAUGGUGAGUCCAGCUGAGGAGGAUGGAGACGACAGCAGCCUGGACCCGGUCCCAGAACCGGGCCCUGGAGCCGAGGAUGAAUGUCCGGAGGCGAGCAGCCACGACGAACUGAGCCGUGAUGAAGCGCGGCAACAGAACGCGAAGCGGACGGAGCAGAAGCCUCGGCAGAGUCUGUUUUCCUGUAGGAUGUGCAGCAAGACGUUCAGCCAGAAGGGAAGCCUGACCAAACACCUGCGGCUGCACGCCGGCGGGAACCCGUUCACCUGCGUCAGCUGCGGCCGCAGCUUCCGCAAACACUUCAGCCUCAUCGUCCACAUGAGGAUCCACACCGGGGAGAAACCCUUCCCCUGCCUCGUCUGCGGCAAGAGCUUCUGCCAGCGGGGCAACCUGAACGUCCACAUGCGCACGCACACCGGAGAGAAGCCCUUCCCCUGUCUCACCUGCGGGAAACACUUCCAGAGGAAGAGCAACCUGACCGCCCACACGAGGAUUCACAAGAGGAACGCGUUGUGUGUUUCCAUGGCAACGAAGGAGGCGGUCUGACCAGAGGAGGGGAGGGGAGACAGAUGCUCUGCCCGUUUCCGACAUGGCCGCCCUCAGAAGGCGUGGAGUUCCCGCAGCUGUCAGGUCUUCCUCGUUGCCUCUGUGUGUUUACGCUGCUUCAUGUCUCUAACACAUCCAACUUGUUCAGAAUCUCAGUUUUACAGUUUAACGUCAGAGACUCAGAAACAAAAACACAGGAACUUCACAGUGUGAGUGUUUUAGGACGGCGGUGGAUACGCAACACCAAACAUUUCCAUAACUACGUUUUUACGCACAGUUUGAAGCAUGGCAUCAGAGCAGGUUGAUGGAAACGGCAAAAUAACUUCCUUGGAUGAAUGAUGAUGAUGAUGAUGUAACAAAAUACAACAGAUUUAAAUAUCAACAACUUUAGGACAUCAGAUGUUAGAGACCCUGGGUCCUUCAAACAGUCUUAGCUAUUUCUCAGUUUUAGUCCAUAUUUGGUCAUUUCCUUUUGUUCUGGUACCACCGGACCCAGCAGAACCCAGACAGGCCAGGCUGAGCAUCAAACUUCAUAAAUGACUCCCAGAACUGGGGUCAGAGGUCAAGUUUCAGCUGCACAGUGUUUAGUUCUAGUUGAACUGAAUUGUAUUUUUAUUUAUUCCUUUAACAUUUUUCUGGGAGUAUUUCAUGUUUUUGCUGUUUAGUUUUAGGUUAUUUUUCUGAUGUGCAAUUCUUCAUCUGGUUUAGUGAUUCUGUUAAACUUAGUUAAGUUU